AUGUCAUCCGAACGACCAAACUCUUCAGACAACAUACCUUUCCCCGACGCACCAAGUCGAGAGCCACCGGCUCAAUCUGCUCGCUUUGCGUAUGAGUAUGCGGCUAUUUUGGAUGAUGAUAGUGAGUGGGGUUUGGAACCUGUUUCUGCUGAAAAACAAGCCAUCACACCUACUGAACAACAGUUCCAAAAGUGGAAUUCCAUUCUCCCCGAAAACUGUCACGUCACUACCGAAGCCCUCGCCUUCCACAAUAUCCUAAAAGCUAUGUACCACCGUCCCAUCACUAUGCGCUCCUUCCACGAAUUCUCAAAUACAAUCCGCCUCGCCGAUUUCUACUGCGCGCUCCCGAUUCUCUCCGCCUCCACCGAUUCCAUCCUCCUCAAUCUCAUUCCAUCCCCCCAUCCCCAUCUCCAUCCCAAUCCCCACCCCCAUCUCCACUCCCAACCACUAAUCCGCGCCCGAAAAAAAAAGCUCUCCAACUGGCUCUGCACCCACACACUCCCCAUGCUCCUCAUCGCCUACAAACUCCACCACGCGCCCCUCUUCCACGACGCUUUAAUAUUCGUGGUCGGUUCAUGGCCUCGCAUGCUCAAGCAAUUUGAGAAUACUAAAUCUCCUGAAUGGGACUGGGUGGGUGAAUUACAAUAUCGUCCGACUCUGCGCAAAGAAGUCGAAUAUGGAAUCGCGCAACUAACGGAGCUUCAAUCGUCAAUUGCGACACGUCUAAGAAGGGAAGCGGCAAAGUGCCCGCAGGUGAGUCACAUAAUUGAUGAUAUUGAAAGUGGUCUUCAAAGAGAAGAUCCAAGUUAUACUAGUUAUGCGAAGUGUGGAGCCCUGGAAACGGCGGGGUUUUAUAGGGAGUUGAGAUGGAGACUGAGGUGUGGAUUGGUUCCGAAAAAGUGGCAGGGGUUUAUGAAUAAGUUGGAUGGUCUGUUGGGGUGUGAGUUGGUGUUGGUGGAUGAAGUGGAGGUGAAGGUGAUGGGGGAGAGGUUUUGGUGUGUGGGGGUUGGAGGAGAGGAGGGGGAGUUGCCGUGGGGAGAGGAGGUGGAUUGGUGA